ACUCGACGCAGCAAGCAAAGCAGGUCAAGCAUUUCAGCCCAAACCCGACGUCACAUUCAUUUAUCUGCCCGCCCGUAAACGACGACAUUGAUUGAUUGAGACCACAAAAACCUCAUCUCACCACGACGCCCUCCCACCGCCCUUGCCUUGGUUAAUUUUAGACAAAACCAACCCUGUUCCAACAUCACCAACAGGAGACGCAACUCAAUCGGUAAAAUAGGAUUUUCGAUCGAGCACCCGACCCUCACCGCCGCAGCAGAGCUAGCCUCUGAUAAACCAUUCCCAGCGUCAGACGACGACCAUCGCACCAAGAUGGACACCAACAUGGAGGACGUCGGGCGCGUGCCUUCGGAACUUGCCCCUCAACCCUCCUCGGAGCCCACUACGAUUCCGACAUUGGAUGGAUGGAUUGAGAGCUUGAUGGCAUGCAAGCAACUGGUUGAGGCCGAUGUCCAGAGGUUGUGCGAGAAGGCGCGCGAAGUCUUGCAGGAUGAGUCCAACGUUCAGCCAGUUAAAUGUCCUGUCACAGUCUGCGGUGAUAUACACGGCCAGUUCCACGACCUCAUGGAGCUUUUCAAGAUUGGUGGACCGAACCCCGAUACGAACUAUCUUUUCAUGGGCGACUAUGUAGACAGAGGCUACUACUCAGUGGAGACGGUCACUCUUCUUGUCGCGCUCAAGAUUCGUUACCCGCAACGCAUCACCAUCCUCCGCGGAAACCACGAGUCGCGCCAGAUCACACAGGUGUACGGCUUCUACGACGAGUGUCUUCGCAAAUACGGCAACGCCAAUGUUUGGAAGUACUUUACCGACUUGUUCGACUACCUGCCUCUCACAGCCCUCAUCGACAACCAAAUCUUCUGUCUGCACGGAGGUCUGUCGCCCAGCAUCGACACCCUCGACAACAUCCGUGCUCUCGACAGGAUCCAGGAGGUUCCCCAUGAGGGACCCAUGUGCGACCUGCUCUGGUCGGACCCCGACGAUCGCUGCGGUUGGGGAAUCUCGCCCCGUGGUGCUGGCUACACGUUCGGCCAGGACAUUUCCGAGGCGUUCAACCACAACAAUGGCCUAACGCUCAUUGCCAGGGCCCAUCAGCUGGUUAUGGAGGGAUAUAACUGGUCGCAGGACCGUAAUGUGGUUACGAUCUUUUCAGCCCCGAAUUACUGCUACCGCUGUGGUAACCAAGCUGCCAUCAUGGAGAUUGAUGAGCACCUCAAAUACACAUUCCUUCAGUUCGACCCCUGCCCACGCGCUGGCGAGCCGCUGGUUUCGAGAAGGACACCCGACUACUUCCUAUAAUGAACUCGCAAGCAAAAAGUCAAAACCUCGUCAUCUCGCUUUUAGCAGGAUGAGUUUCGGUUCAUGCCGUGACUUUGCGCCGGAUCAGCCUCCUACAAUCAGCAUGCUUAAAAUUGCUUGAGAGCAAGGGAGUCCAUUUGACCGACACGUCCAGGGUUGAACCACGAGAUGAGAAACGGAGGGGGAAUCUAUUGCGAUCACUACCAACAUCAUCCUGAGUAGGGCUUUGGGGCCCUUUUUCUGUCUGUGAUUAUUGGGUUAGAGCAACGAGUUUCCUCCACGUAGAGGCCGGCAAAAAGCUUUCAGUAAUUCUAGAUGCCGGGUUGAUAUGGACCCCUUUUGUCGUCAACAACAGUAGACAUUGUCUAGUAAACGCUCUAGAGUGAACACGCCGAAUCAAAGAAUAGACACCGAUGUUUUUGAUGACA